AAGAGGCCGAGAGAAAGCGGGGAGUGCGGUUUAGGAGAUGACCUGGCGUCUCCUUAUGAUGGAUCCCGCCAGAAGCUCAGGAAAAUAGGGCCCAACACCGAGGAGGUUGUGGACUCCAGUAUCGGACGGCUGAUCACGUUCCCCGACGUGGCAGCCAUGGACGACCUUCCAGGGUCCACCGGCAAGAUCGCCGAAACUCGCAUCACCCACCCGAUUGGCGUGACUGCGGGCAUGCGGGCCCUCAGCCCCCCAACGCAGGCAUCAUCACCUCUGCCUCUCUUGGAUGAGAGAGAUCGAGGUGACCAAAUCAACAACUGCGCCAUGGAUGAUUCCAUUGCUGCGCAGCCCAAACCUGAAGAUGACGGAAGCCUCUCCCACUCCUCAAUACGGAGCGGUGACGCGCAUUCGGAUCACGCACUGCCGGACAGAGCAAAUGCGGAGAUUGAUGUGGAGAGGUCCUACGAUGGGUUGGAGGACUGGUUGGUGGACGAUGCCUACUCCUUAGCACAAGGCUCAGGAGAUAGAGCAUGUGACUCUCGAGCCUCGAUCUCUUCGGCCGAAAGCCCUCGACAGAGCUCACUGAACCUGUAUAAGACAUACCGAAGUGUGGGGAUUCAAGUUGGUACCGCCGGUCCAAUAUCCGUGCUCCGAGACUUUACGUGCGAAGCAGAGUUGCUCUGAUGAACCAAAUUCAAGCGGAAUCCCCUCAUAGAGAACACAAAUGGACAUUCUUUGCAAACGUUCUAGAGUCCGAGUCCUCGCCAAACUGGAGGUCAGGUCAGGCCCUUUGCCACCCCAAGCUCGAGGGUCUGAGACUUGCGCGAUAUGUGUGUCGCCCUCUGUCCCACACACUAUCCAGAGCCGGCUUUCUGGAUGGUGUCAUAAGGGUUGUGUACUAACUCUCGUCACGACGCUCGUUAUGCCGCACAUGCAAAGAUCCAAGGUCAUACGGAAUGACAUCGUCGUGCAAACGCGAAG